AUGAUCGACUACGCCUCCUAUCCAGCCGUUAUCGAGGCGAUCUUGCGCGUCGCACCCUUCGAGGCUCUGCUCGCCCUACGGAGAGCAUCCAGAGACUUCCGCGCGCGCGUCGACUUGGUUCUGGCCCAGCACCUCGUCUGUGAAUGGUACCAAGUGACGUCGGGUCGCACUGGCGCCCGGCAUCCGGCCUUCUGGGGACUGUGCACGCAGCCGCAGAUCCCCCGCGCAGGUGGACACUACAGUCUCCCCAAGCCGCUGGGCGAUGCCUCGCUCCUAGGCGACUGGAUCCCGGCCCGCAUUGAUGCGGUGGACAUUGUCGGCCAGCAGAGCAUCUACCCUCUCCUCCUCCUCACCGGGCGUCUCAAGCCGACAACCGCCCGCCUCUGGGUCUGCGGUACGCCGACCGACGUCGAUACCCAACUGGCAUUAGAUGCUGAAUCACUUAUUGUGAUGGGUCGGCCCCUUGGUCUGGCCGGCCCAUCAUCAGUGCACGAGGAGCCGCGGGUCGCACUCACAACGCGUGUCCGACGCGUCAUCUAUCACCUCAACGACAAGUAUGCGGCCAACGCCACGCUGUUUCGACAGAUCGAGCCCCGCGCCGCGGUUCUUCGUGACUUUGAGAUCGUCGUGAUUGUCUCGGGACUGAACCGUCGCGGCGGCUUCCUCCUAUGGGAGAUUGCACACCUCCAACGCGAGCGGCCACACCUCCGCAUCACGGUCGUCAACCCUCCCCCCGGACCCAUGGGAUCAUAUCCUGGCCCAGUGUCGAGCCAAGAACUCGCGGCAAAGUGCGGCAGUUUCCGCGAGUGGGCGCGCGCGAUCGUCGAGCGCGAGUGCAGCGCCGAGCUGUUCGAGGAUCGGUGGCGGUUCUACUCUUUCGAAGAGUAUGCGCGAGUUGUAGGUGCGCAGCGGUUCGCGCUGGAGAUGGGCGAGAUGUGA